GCCACACCCAAACAAAUCUUUAUAUAUCUUCCUCUCUUCCUAACUUCCUCACCACGUCUCGUUCAUUUCCUCUUCCACCGCAUCACCACCGCGCACCGCCGUCAACCUUACCGGAGACCAAUGGCUCAGCUCAGAGACAGAGUAAGAACUCGAUCAGCAUUAUUGUCCAUGGAACCUGCUUCUGCUGAAACUUCAUCAAAGAGAAGCAAAAUCGCCAUUAACACCACCACUAGCCGAGAAGAACUACUCAGAUUCUCACCAUCCUCCUCCGUUCAGCUCGAAAGCACUACUAGUACCAGCGACGGCGGUGCUCCACCGCCACCGGAGCAAUGCUUCUCCGGCGCCACGUCGGACGAAUUGCCUUGUUGUUCCAGCAAUGAAAAAACCAUCACCAAAUUCUCAGAUCCAGAGGUAGAGAGCGCGCGAGCUGAAACGGCGUCGUGCGAUGGCAGAGACGAAGAAGAAGAAGAAACAACAAGGAAGAGAGAGAUGUCGACGAGUCAUGGAACGAGUUCUCAAGAGGUGGACUCAGUGGAGGAGAAGGAGAAGCUGCAAAAGAUGCCAACUGAGUCUGAGCUUGAAGAAUUCUUCUCUGCUGCUGAGAAAGAUAUCCAGAAACGGUUUUCACACAAGUAUAAUUAUGAUAUUGUGAAGGAUGUGCCAUUGGAAGGACGCUAUGAGUGGGUUCAAUUAAAGCCUUAAAAGUGCCCCUUUUGGCUCUUCUUUCUCCAAACUUUGAUCAUGGAAGAAGAGGGUGAUAUGUGAAGAAUUAGCUAUAAGAAUGCCACUUUACUUUGCUGACAUUAUUAAUUAUUCUAAGUUAAUUUAGGUGCUUGAUUUCAAUUCAAUAUAUGUCCUAUCUUUGAAGCUAGCUAGCAAGGACUAAGCUUUUGUUGGGUGUACAGCUUUAUUUUAAUUUGCUUCUCUAUGGUUGGGUUCCUUUAUUAGUAAUUAUUAAUGUACGGUAAUGUAGUUAUACACAUUAUAGAAGCUUUGUCCUGAGUGGAAUUCUGCAAAUUCCCUGGGUGGUGAACUGGUGAUGACAAUAGAACAAAACUUGUUCCUGGCUAUAACAAAAUUCUAGUCUUAUUUUGCUUUUGUGCACA